AUGGUUCAGUUGACUUUGUGGAAUUUGUGGAGGUUAGGGGCCAUGGACAGUCUGCAGGUAGGGGCGCCGCAGCAGCUGCAGCACACCGGAAGCAAGGCUUCCAGCAGAAGCACCUCUCCCGCCAGACCACGUGACCAACAGCCCGCCUACCACCCGCAUCACACCAAAACGCUCAGCCACGGGUCCGUCGAAAGCGCAAAGAGCCACGAUGGCGGCCCGCUGCCGCCCCCCAAACCCGCCCGCCACCGCUCCCCCACCACCGCCUCCACCCCCAACCGCCCCCAUCACCCCCUCGAUCCCGACGACCCCAACCUCUCCUCCUCCUCCUCCUACCUUCCCCUCGACGACAGCCUUCUCGCUGGCGGCGGGGGCGGCUACUACGGCGAGAUCGACCCGCCCGACUACCCCCUCUCCUCCUCGCUACUGUCUAAUGGGGGCGGGGCCAACGCCGACCACGCCCACCACCAGAAGCACCAGCAGGACGACGAGGUGGACGCGAAGACCAACGCGAUCAUCGAGCAUCUCGCCAGCAAGGUGAUAAGAGUGAAGGAUCUGAUAAGGACGGAACAGAAGCUCAGAGACGACAACGUAAACGAGUACCUAAAAUUGGCAGCUAACGCCGACAAGCAACAAGUCCAGCGGAUAAAAGCCGUUUUCGAAAAGAAAAAUCAGAAGAGCGCUCACGUGAUAUCGCAGUUACAGAAAAAAUUGGACAUCUACCAGAAACGGGUGCACGAACUAGAGACCCAUGGAGCCGCGCAAAGCCACAGACCACCUCGAGAGGUCUUGAGAGAUAUGGGACAAGGUCUAAAAAAUGUUGGUGGUAAUAUACGAGAUGGCAUUAGUUACGUGGGCGGUUCUGUCAUGUCUAAACCGCGGGAAUUUGCCCACUUGAUCAAAAACAAGUUCGGCAGCGCAGAUAACAUCAGUCAACUGUCAACGUGGUACGUAGGGCAGGGAGCGGCGACCGGCUCCGAGGGCAGCGGAGGCGGAACGGGAGGAGUGGGCGGCAACCCCGCCCACGGGGGCAGCGACCAGGGUGACAGCAAGAUGCACCGAGGCGGGUCGGCGACGUUGCCGGCCACUCUGCGCGAGACCACGUCGCAGGGAUCGAUGGGGGUGGCGCCGGGAGCGCAGGUGGGGGGGAAGUUUGUCAGCGACGAGGGGAGCGGGUGCAGCAGCGUCACCAGUGAUAGUAUCGGAAGAUAUGGAAGAAGUCAAGAUAGUUGUCAGCAAGACAAAUUCUUGGAUGUAAAUAAGAAAAUUAGACUAGUGCAAGAUCAAUUAGAUAAUAUUAGGGAAAAUUAUGAUUUAGUGAAGUCUAUGCAGACGGAAAUACACGAUUUGAAUAUAUCAUUACAGGAGGAGCGGUUUAAGAGCGAAAGACUGGAAGAGCAAAUAAAUGACUUGACGGAACUUCAUCAGAACGAAGUGGAAAAUCUGAGGCAAGCCAUGGCCGACAUGGAAGAGAAAGUACAAUACCAGAGUGAAGAGAGGCUCAGAGAUAUACAUGAAAUGCUGGAACAUUGUCAAACUAAAAUUCAGAAAAUGGAACACCAAGCUCUGCAGCAGCAACAAUAUGUCACAUUAGAAGGUUUGGACAAUUCCAAUGCCAGGGCUCUCGUAGUGAAACUCAUCAACGUUUUGCUCACCGUUCUGCAAGUGGUCUUGUUGUUGGUCGCUACGGGGGCCGGUAUCAUAAUGCCAUUUCUUCGUACAAGGUUAAGAAUACUGUCGACGGUGAUCAUAGUGAUAGGUAUAGCGUUCGUGUUGCGGCAAUGGCCAGAGGUGCAAGAUAUCGGCUCGCACAUGAUGAGAAGGCUCAAGGACAUGCUCGCGCCUGCCCAAUAG